AUGACGCAUCGCUCGCCGAGUGACGAAGCGUCGCUGGAGCAGCCGAUUGCCAGUCACCGGAUGCGCGAGCGAUGUCGGCCUUACCGGAUGUACAUAGCCUUUUGGAUCCUGGGCCUGCUGAACAAUUUUCUUUGGGUGACCAUGAAUGCUGGGGCCAACAGCAUCAACAAGGCGGGCAUCGGGAUGGUCUACUUGGCCAACGUGGUGCCCUCACUGACGAUGAAGCUCACUGGGCCGUACUGGUUCCAUUUCGUAAGCUACAGGGUGCGGAUGGUUUGGAUGGCCCUGCUCAUGGUACUGAGCUUGGGAACAGUAGCCUGGGGCGAGAGCCCGUAUUUGAAGCUGGUGGGAGUGGCCUUCUGCUCGGUGGCCUGUGGCAUGGGUGAGGCCUCACUCCUGGCCAUGGCCAGCUUCUACGAUGCACAGGUGUGCUUGUCUGCUUGGUCCUCCGGCACUGGCUUCAGUGGCAUCGCGGGCUAUUUGUGGUCAUUGACCUUUGAUGGCUUGGACAUUUGUUUCCAGGUGCAGCUGAUGGUGGCGCUUUGGAUCCCGGUGGCCUGGCUCUUCACCUUCUUCGUGCUUUUGGGUGUCCCCUGGAUCGACAAGGUCCGCCACCAGGCACGUUGUGCGGAGUCCGAAGAGACUCAGGACUUGGACUGCCACGGUCCUCCAGGCCGUCGUUGGGUCGCCACCGCCUCGCUGUCCGUGAAGGAGCGCUUUCACUUUACGUUGCGCCUUUGGCCAUACACUGUGCCCUUGUUCUGGGUCUAUGCUGCAGAGUAUUUGAUCCAGUCUGGCUUCUGGGCCGCCAUGGGCUUUCCCAUCACCGACCCCAUCAGCCGCCGGCACUGGUACAAGUGGUCCAAUUUCACCUACCAGAUCGGCGUCUUUGUGUCCAGGACCUUCUUCCUGUGCCUUUGCAACAGCCGCAAAGUCCUCUGGCUCGGUGGACUCCUUCAGGUCCUUUUAUGCGUUUUCUUCGCUGCGGCUGCGUUGCACUCCGGCGGGACGCAGUGUGGGCUGCGUCGGGAACAUGGGGUCGUUGACAUGCCGAUUUGGGAUGACGGACCGACUUCAUUGGGCAGUUUGGGGACAGGGACCAAAGUGGGCCGCUGUACAGUUGUUUUUCUCUCAAGACUCAAGUUCACUCAAACAUGUUGGGAGGAAUGA